AUGCGCCUGCUAGGGUCUGCUGUCCUUUUCUCUGUUCUGCUGCAGGCUAUGGUAAGAAAAAAAAAGUAGAUAAGGAUUGAAGUGCUGGUCUAAGUUGCAGGGCUCAAAGAAUGUCAGAUUUUGUUAGACUUAACUUUAUUACUUGCUGGUUAUUUAUGUCUUAAUUCCUUUUAUGUUUGUGUUCAAAGUGAUUCUUGCACAACUCUUUGUAUAUUUGAUUAAUUUUUCACUUAAAGAUUUAAAUGAGCAGCCUCACAGAGAUUCCAGUAUCUGAGAAUCAGUUGUCUUUUACCUAUGAAGCAGGAUAAAUGUAUAUUUUGAACUCAAGCCCCCAUCACUUAAGUCUAUUUUUCACACACUUCUCUCCCUACAGUCUGCUCCGACAGAGGAUUGGCAGACAGCCACUUCUAUUUAUGACUUCUCUGCAACAGAUAUUGAUGGCAGUGUGGUUUCCUUGGAAAAAUACAGGUAAUUCCAUCAGUGACCUCCCAGUAUAUUCCUUCAUUUGCUGCAGUGGGUAAUACCUGGACUGACAUGCAGUUACUUUAGCAGUUAUUAUCUGUGUUUUUGUCCAGGGGCAAUGUUGUCAUCAUCACCAAUGUUGCCUCUAAAUGAGGUAAAACCCCAAUAAACUACUCUCAGUUUACGGAACUGCACGCCAAGUAUGCUGAGAGGGGUUUACGCAUCCUCGCCUUCCCUUCUAACCAGUUUGGGAACCAGGUAUGUAACACUAUGGAGCCGAUAGAGAUGGCUAUUUUAUGUAGCAACCAACACAAAUGACAUUUUCCUCCCUUAUUUGUUUUACUUUAAAGGAGCCUGGCACUGAAGCUCAGAUCAAGCAGUUUGCUGGUUCUUACAAUGCUCAGUUUGACAUGUUCAGUAAGAUCGAUGUAAACGGAGCCAACGCUCAUCCCCUGUGGAAGUGGCUCAAAAAUCAGCCCAAUGGAAAAGGGUUCAUGGGAAAGUAAGUGGAAGAGAAAUACAUAAAUGAAAAAUCAGUUAAGGAAAUGGCAUGGCAUUUCUGUUAUUAUGAAUAUGACUUGUAUUUAUUUAUUUUGAAGUAUUAAAUCAUAACUCAUCUUAGUGUUUACUUGUGGUGUUAUUUUUUAACAUGUUUUUUUGUUUUCACUCCUGCAGUAGUAUCAAGUGGAAUUUCACAAAGGUAAGUAUUUUUUUUAAUCAAUUAUUGUUGUUAUAGACACCGACAGAGUUUGUAGAGCCAAUGUUACAUAAUAUAUAACUGUGUGUGUGUAUCUGUGUGUUUGAAGUGUGUAUAAUAUAUUCCAUAACAAUUCCAUACUUCCUAUUUUACAGUAAUAAUUAAUAAAGGUAGAAGAAUAGAAAUGUUUAUGAUUGUGAAGAUAAAACCAAAAAUUGUUGUUUUCCAUAAAUGUCUAUUUUUUUCCCUCUUUUGUUAAACUUAUUAACUUCACUGAUUCUUUUCUGUUUCCUUGUCUUCUGUAGUUUUUGAUCAACAGAGAGGGUCAGGUAAUGAAGAGAUAUGGACCCCUGGAUGAUCCCAGUGUGAGUAUAGACACACACUCUUGAUAUGGAUGGCAUGUUGUCUAAAUUGCUUGGUUGCAUAAUAACUUCGAUUUAACCUGUUUGCCUGAAAACAUUGUGUGCACAGUGCUACUGAGUUGAAAUGAUUAAACAGACCUUUUGAAGAAGUUGUUGUUAUCUCUGGCCCACCUUUCACAAAACCCAGAGAAACAUUUUGACAUGAGUGUAGCUGUAACUGCACCCUGUAUUAUAGGUAUACUUGAGGGCGAUGUUAACAUCUUUGCUGGUUUAUUUUACAGGUGGUGGAGAAGGAUCUUCCCCAGUACUUAGAUGUCGAUACUACAUCCUAA